GACAAUAUUUCAAUGGAUCCGGAGAGGUAGGGGGAACAAGACAGGGGGGUAAAACUUGGGCAGUGAUGCUGUGGGGCCUGGCUCCUAACAGGCCAUGAAAUUGGUACUGGUCUUCAGCCUGGAGGUUGGGAACUACAGGUAUAUAUAACCUACAUGUGACAAAAUUAUACAGAAAUACAUGCACACUUGCACAAAUUAAUACAAGUAAGCCUAAGAAAAAUAUUGUGAUAUUUUUGUUUGUUUUGUUUCAUUUUUUUAGGUAGAGUCUCACUCUAUUGCCCUGGGUAGAGUACUGUGGUGUCAUCACCACUCACAGCAACCUCAGUUUCUUGGUCUCAAGAGAUCCUCAUGCCUCAGCCUCCUUAGUAGCUGGGACUACAGGUGCCUGUCAGACACCAGGCUAAUUCUUCUAUUUUUAGUAGAGACCAGGUCUUGCUCUUGCUCAGGCUAGUCUUGAACUCCUGAGCUCAAGGAAUCCACCUGUCUUGCCCUCCCAGAGUGCUAGGAUUACAGGCGUGAGCCACCACACCCAGCAACCUAGGAUAAAUAAAUAAGUGGAUUGUGUCAAGUCAGUAUCACACAUGAGAUAUUGUACUAUAGUCUUACAAGAUGUUACCACUGUAAGAAACUGGAUGGUAUACGUGGGAUCUCUAUUAAUUUUACAACUGCAAGUGAGUCUAUAAUUAUCUCAAUAAAAUUUUCUAUUAAAAAUCUUGUUUGAGCUUGAUGUCCAUGAGCAGGCUCUCCUUGGCCUCCUGGAGGGUCUCGAGUUUGUGCGUGAGGCUUUCGAUGAGCUCUGCCUUCUUUUCGUUGACAUCUGCCUGCUCCACUUCCUCAAUCAAGCUCAAUAACGCCCUGGGGGAAGAGGUGGAGGCCUUGAUCAGUGAGCUCUGCAAGCCCAAUGAGCUCGACAAGUACAGAAUGUUCAUAGGGGACUUGGACAAGAUGGUGAACCUGCUGCUGUCCCUCUCGGGGCGCCUGGCCUGGGUUGAGAACGUCCUUAGCAGCCUUGGAGAAGAUGCCGGUAAUGAAGAAAGGAGCUCCCUCAAUGAGAAACGGAAGAUCCUGGCCGGGCAGCACGAGGACGCCCGGGAGCUCAUGGAAAAGCUGGACCAGAGGGAGAGCAUGGUGCUGGACAUCCUGGCCACUUACCUGUCCACAGAGCAGCUCCAGGAUUACCAGCACUUCGUGAAGAUGAAGUUGGCAGUCCUCAUCGAGCAGCGGAAGCUGGACAAGAUCAAGCUGGGCCAGGAUCAGAUCAAGUGUCUGCUGGAGAGCCUGCCCUCGGAUUUCAUACCCAGGGCGGGGACCCUCGCCCUGCCCCCAGACCUCACCAGCGAAGCCGCGCCUGUCAGGGGCUGUACAUUCAGCAGCACUUUGCCAACAUUAACCUCUCCACUUUAACCUCUUAAAAAGUACCCAACCAAAAAUCACCGUUUCUCUCAACACUAUUGAAUCUGAAAAAUGUUUCAGUAUGAACCACAAUUUAAACUAUAUAGGUUUGGGGGGCUCUUUGGGGUAAAAGGAGAGGAAUCCUCUCUGGAGGAAGCCUGGUUUUCCUUUCUGGCCCUCCAUGAUUGACUGAGAGCUGAAUGCUGCUGGACAGUCCCCUUUCUGUUAGUGCUCUGUAGCAGGAAGAGAGUUAAUGAAACUGUGAGAACUGAUUGGAGGGUGUUUGAUCAUUUAGUUUCUAACAAGUGGAGGAACAUGGAUCAGUGUGUGUCACCCUCAGGAAUGUAUCCACAGUGGCCUUGCAGGCGGGCAGGCACCGUUAAUGAAGGGUCUGCAACAUAAAGCCAUAAAGACACACACACACAGGAGAAAGUUGUAAAACCUUGAACAUUUGUUAUUUAUAUUUUUAAAAAUGAAAAAGAUCACUAUGUUUGUGUGCUAACCACUUACUUGAUUCCAUUUUGUGGUGGAUGUAGAUGAUUAUGUUUUGAACUUUGUAUUUUGCGAAAACCUAAAUGAAGACUUCCAAAGAGAAAAAAAAAAUCUUUUUUUCAAGAAUAAAUACCCUUCUCUGUCAUCUUUGGCAUCAAAAUAACUUAUUCAUUGACUGAUAAUCAGAAUUGCAUGAA